AUGGCUAUGUUUCAAAAUACAAAUUAUGAUGUCAAGAAGUUUGGCCAAACGGUUUCUGUUCCAGAUGCAGAUAUAGCAAAAAUAAUGUAUUACCUUGAUUGCGUAUGUACUGUAAUUGAUUAUGACGAUAAUAAUAUUCGAAGAUACCGAAAUUAUUCUAAUUGGAUGAAUAUGUCGGAUGAAGAGGAUAAACUUAUAUUUAUACUUGCAGCAACAUUAUCACCAGAUGAAUUAGAAGAUAAAGUGUUUUUUGAAAAUGGUAAACUGUGUUCUAAUACUUCUAAUCAAUUUUAUGAGAUUGGUCAAGUUAAAAAUCAAUUACUGGUGGUUCAAUCAAUUGUCAUCGGUGGUCGAACGCGUCAAAUACAAAGAAUCAUGGCAUAUACAAAUGGAUGGAUGCAGAGGAAUUAUUAUCAGCCCAUGCGACGACUCGCUCAUCGAUUUAGUCCACAAGGACAAAGAGAAGAAGCAAUGCGUCGUGCUAUAGUUUCUGAAGCCUGUGUUAUUUCUUGA